GCUGCUUUUGUCGGUGUUGCCACAACAUGUGGCCAUGGAAAUGAAGGCUGACAUCAUCAAACCCGUGGAGAGGCAAUUCCACAAGAUCUACAUCCAGCGACACGAGAAUGUUAGCAUGGUGUUCGCGGAUAUCGUGGGCUUCACAGUUCUUGCGUCACAGUGCACGGCGCAGGAGCUCGUCCGACUCCUCAACGAGCUCUUCGGACGCUUUGACCAGCUGGCGGACGAUAACCACUGCCUGCGCAUCAAGAUCCUGGGAGACUGCUACUACUGCGUGUCUGGCCUGCCGGAGCCGCGCAGUGACCACGCUCGCUGCGCCGUGGAGAUGGGGCUCGACAUGAUCGACGCCAUUGCAUCUCAACUUUUUGCCAGAAGCAGCAAACACUGCAAAGGGGAAAGAUCUGUGGUGGAUGCAACAGAUGUACAGCUCAAUAUGAGAGUGGGGAUACACACAGGCCGAGUGCUGUGUGGUGUCCUCGGCCUGCGCAAGUGGCAGUAUGACGUGUGGUCCAAUGAUGUCACUCUUGCCAACAUGAUGGAGUCGACUGGUGAACCAGGCCGUGUGCAGAUAACACAGGCAACCCUAGACUGCUUAGGCAAUGAAUAUGAAGUCGAACCCUCAGAUGCACAAUCAAGAUCCCAGUAUUUACGUGAUCGCAACAUCGCCUCAUACUUCAUCAUCCCGCCUGCCCGAAGACGCAAGGUAUGAGACAUCACUUUCAUGAGCAAAGAAGGAAAUCUUUUGUUUGUACAACUGAGGUCUGCUUAAGGGUGAAGGAAUGACAGUAAUGCUUUCAUGUAUCAGAUGUUAGAAGCUAUUGUACUGUGUGGUUGCCCCAGUGAUUU